AUGGACUUGUACCUCUCUACUAACCUGGGGGACCUCAACAAGAAAGCUGAGGUCAAGCCGGACAAAAUCAACACCAGGAGCUAUGUCCAGAGUGCCUGUAAGAUCUUCAAGGCUGCGGAGGAGUGUCGUCUGGAUGGAGACGAGGAGAAGGCCUAUGUUCUCUACAUGAAAUACCUAACGGUUUAUGAUCUCAUCAAGAAGAGGCCCGACUUCAAGCAGCAACAGGAGUUCUUCCUGUCCGUGUUGGGGCCCACCAGCUUUAAAAAAGCCAUAGAAGAAGCCGAGAAACUCUCUGAAAGCCUUAAACUCAGGUACGAGGAAGUCGAGGUUCGCAAAAAGCUUGAGGAGAAAGAGAGACAAGAGGAGAAGAAAAGGAGGGAGGAUAAGACGGAGAAAGAUGGAGGGAGGGCAUCUCCGAAAGCAGGGAAAGAGAUCAAGAAGGUAAAAGAGCAGAAGGAGUUGAAAAAUUUAACUUCAAAAGCUGCGGUGUCAGCAGGAGGGAUCACAGCAGAGGGGUUGUUCAAGAUGAUGAGGGACCAGGCCAUUACGGUCAUUGUGAUGGACGCUCGCUGCCUCCGAGACUUCCAGGACUCACAGAUCCAGGUCCCCACCCAGACUGUCAUCAGUGUCCCAGAGGAGGCUAUCAACCCUGGCAUCACAGUGAACCAGAUUGAGGCCAAUCUACCUGAUGCGUCCAGAGAGACGUGGAAGAGACGGGGGUUCGUAGAUUACAUCAUCCUACUGGACUGGUUCAGCUCUGUUACUGACCUCAAACUGGGAAGCACCUUACAAAGCCUCAAAGAUGCUCUCUUCAAGUGGGACAGUACCACUAUCCUGCGUAGUGAGCCCAUGGUUCUGGAGGGAGGCUAUGAGAGCUGGCUCCUCUUCUACCCCAUGUACACAUCCAACGCCAAAGUCAGACCGCCCCGAACACACAGCUACAGCACCCUCCCACAGCUGAACUUCAGCUACCCGUCACUGGAGGAGCCCAAACCUCCAACCCCUCCUCCCCCGAGCCGGACCCUGAACCCCAGGCUCCCCUGCCUCCCUGGAUCGACCGUACCAAGAAGCCAUCAGUCAGAGUCUCAGACGGGUCUAAACCCCCCCUGGAUGCCCUCCCCAGGGACCUGCCCCCCCUCCUCCCAGAAUGGCCCGUCUGUACCCCAACCCAACCGCUCAGUCAAACCGGCCUUUGACCCGGCGGUGCCGCUGACGGACGAGGAACGAGGUCAGAUCCACACAGAGACGGCGGCUCUGAUGGAGAAGGCCCGGAGAGAGCAGGAACAACCGGGAGCUCUAACCAGAGCCAGAAGUGAAGAGAUGGGGAGGAGUGUACCAGGUCUGCCUGUUGGCUGGAUGAAGUUCUUGGAUACGGUAACCGGUACCUACCGUUACUACCAUUCCCCAACCAACCGGGUGCACCGCUACCCCCCUGAGGUCAGCGUGCCCCAGACGCCCCCCUCCACCCCUCCUACGGCCAAACAGAAGCAGCCUCGCCCCGCUGAGCCAGACCAGACCAUGGACCGUGACCAGGAGCAGUCCAAACUGAAACGUUCCUAUUCUUCUCCAGACAUCAGCCAGGACCUGAGGGAGGAGGGGCUAAAGAAGGUUACCGCCCCUAUAACUGCAGCCACGCGCCCAACCUUUAACAGGGAAACCAAACCGUCCACCGCUAGCGUCUACACCAAGGUGGAGAUCGCCCGCCCGUCUGCGGCUAAGAUCCGCAACCUGAACCCUGUGUUCGGCGGUCUCGGCGCCUCGCUCACCGGCCUGCGUAACCUCGGUAACACCUGCUACAUGAACUCCAUCCUGCAGUGUCUCUGCAACACCCCGGCCAUGGUCGACUACUUCAACAAGAACCUCUAUCAGGAGGAUAUCAACAGGGCAAACAUCCUGGGUCACCGAGGCGAGGUGGCAGAGGAGUUUGGUGUGAUCAUGAAGGCUCUGUGGUCAGGCCUGUAUAAGUGUAUCAGCCCCCGUGACUUUAAGGUCACUAUAGGGAAGAUCAAUGAAUCCUUCUCUGGCCAUGAACAACAGGACUCCCAGGAGCUGCUGCUCUUCCUUAUGGACGGACUCCACGAGGACCUCAACAAGGCUGCUAACCGUAAGGGUUACAUAGAGGAGGAGAAUGACGAUCUGGACGACCAGCGGGCUGCUGACCAGGCCUGGACCAAACACAAGCUGCUCAACGAGUCUGUCAUCGUAGCGCUGUUCCAGGGUCAGUUUAAGAGCACAGUUCAGUGUCUCACCUGCCACAGGAAGUCCCGCACCUUCGAGACCUUUAUGUACCUGACCCUGCCGCUGGCCUCCACCAACAAGUGUUCCCUGCAAGACUGUCUGAAGUUGUUUUCUAAGGAGGAGAAGAUGACCGACCAGAACAAGGUGUUCUGUCGACACUGUA